AUUUGGACGGAUGUCCUGCCCUCUGGCUAUUCCUGGCUGAGGCAGGGCAGCGGGAGCCAUGGCGGCUGUAACCGAUGUUCAGCGGCUACAGGCCCGGGUGGAGGAGCUGGAGCGCUGGGUGUACGGACCAGGCGGGUCUCGGGGCUCCCGGAAGGUGGCUGAUGGCCUAGUCAAGGUGCAGGUGGCUUUGGGGAACAUCGCCAGCAAGAGGGAGAGGGUGAAGGUUCUCUACAAAAAGAUUGAAGACUUGAUCAAAUACCUGGAUCCUGAGUACAUUGACCGCAUUGCCUUACCUGAUGCCUCCAAGCUGCAGUUCAUCUUGGCAGAGGAGCAGUUCAUUCUCUCGCAGGUUGCACUUCUGGAGCAGGUGGAGGCUCUGGUGCCCAUGCUGGACAGCACUCACAUCAAAGAGAGCUCAGCUUCAGAACUCAGGCAGUUUGGCCCUAAGGACACUCAGCCGUUCCUGAGCAUGCUGCCCGCCUGCAGCGCUUGGCCCAGAUCCACAUCCAGCAGCAGGACCAGUGUGUGGAGAUCACUGAGGAGUCCAAGGCGCUUCUGGAGGAAUACAACAAGACUACAAUGCUUCUCUCCAAGCAGUUUGUGCAGUGGGAUGAACUUCUCUGCCAGCUAGAAGCUGCCAAGCAAGUGAAGCCUGUGGAAGAGUGAAUGGCGCAUCCCAUCCCUGGGUGGGCUGGGGCAGCCAGGCUCCAGGACCUGUGCCAGCCUGCCCUUAUAACAGAGCAGAAAAGAGGUGGCUCUGUAUUUAUUGGAUUCAAGACCUACCUGGCUGCACUCAGGUGGGGCUCUGAGGUCAGAGGUCUGGUUACUUGAGAUUUGCUCUUUGCACCUCCUCCCCUCAUCAGUGUCCUGUUCCAGUGACAAUAAAACUGUAGAGAUCACUGCA